AUGUCCACAGCCGGGAGAAAAAGAAGGGAAGACUUGUGGGCACACUUCACGUUUGACGACGAACAAAACAAAACAAAGUGUAAAGCAUGUGGAGCGGUCAUUCGUGGCAAGAACACAACCAAUUUGAAAAGACAUUUACAGAUGAGCCACCCGGACAUUUUCUCAAAGCUACAGAAGUAUCCUGAUGAAGGCGGUGCACCAAGCGCAAAAAAGGCAAAAAUAUCCCAUCAAAACAUUGCAGAAGCACUGUUAGGUACUACAAAGUACAAAAGCAAUGACAAAGAACAGCAAGUAAAAGAGGAGGCUAUAGCUAAAUGGAUUGGGCGUUCAGGGUUACCACUCACUACAGUAGAAGAUGAGGACUUUAUUCUCAUGAUAGAAACAUUUGAUAAAAAGCUGACAGUUCCAAAGAAAACAAAGAUAAGCAAUCUGAGUGAAAAACACUAUGAGGAUGAAAUGACAAAGUUUAAGAAACGACUGUGUGGUGCUCGUAAAGUGUCAAUUGGAAUUGACCUAUGGACUAAAAAGGGACUGUCUGCAUCAUUCCUUGGCAUAAGUUGCUGCUUUUUUGUGUUGAUAAAAACAGUUCAGAACACAUCCUGCUCGCUCUUGAACAAGUUGCCCAUCCACACACUGCCCAAUCCAUUAAGGCCUGCGUGUCAUGGGCUUGCCAGACCUUUUGGUACUAGACUCAGGUCUGAGUGUAUCUGGCAAGACCAUGACAGUACUAUGUUCUGUGUGGGGAAAUGUGAAGUCAUAUUGUGUGUGUGGCUUCCACGUGUUCCCAGUGUCUUGUCGCUGUCAUGGUCUUGCAAGACCUUUGGGUAGAUUCAGGUCUUAUUUCAGAGGGCAAGAUUAUGGCAGCAUUGUGUUCUGUGUGGGGACACGUGUUUCACAUUAUGUAUUUGUGUCACGUGUUCCCAGUGUCUUGUCACUUUCACCCUACUCCCUUAUGUACUCGUGCCUUAUGUAAUUAAUCAUGUUCACCUGUUCCCCAUUGAUGUCGUGUCUUUAUAUUGCCCUCUCGUUCUCUGUCGUGUGCGCGUUUGUUGUCUAAAGUUGUC